AUGGACACGUUCCAGGAUGUGUUCCAGAAGGUGGAGAAGAUUGGGGAAGGCACCUAUGGAGUGGUGUACAAGGCGAGGAACAAACAGACAGGCCAGCUGGUGGCUCUGAAGAAGAUCCGUCUGGAUUCGGAGACAGAAGGGGUUCCGAGUACAGCAAUCCGAGAAAUCUCUCUGCUCAAAGAACUUAAGCAUCCAAACAUAGUGAGGCUUCUAGAUGUUGUGCACAGUCAGAAGAAGCUGUAUCUGGUGUUUGAGUAUCUGAAUCAGGACUUGAAAAAGUACAUGGACUCGUCCCGGACAGGGGAGCUCCCUUUAAGUUUGGUAAAGAGCUAUCUGUUCCAGCUGCUGCAGGGUGUGAACUUCUGUCAUUCGCACAGAGUCAUUCAUAGAGACUUAAAGCCUCAGAAUUUGCUUAUCAACGAAGUGGGAGCCAUCAAACUGGCAGAUUUUGGUCUGGCUAGAGCCUUCGGGGUUCCACUGCGCACUUACACUCACGAGGUGGUAACCUUAUGGUACCGGGCCCCCGAAAUCUUGCUGGGAUGUAAAUACUACUCGACUGCAGUGGAUGUCUGGAGCAUUGGCUGUAUCUUUGCAGAAAUGGUGACAAGAAAAGCCCUGUUUCCGGGGGAUUCUGAAAUUGACCAGCUCUUCCGGAUUUUCCGCACCCUGGGCACGCCCACCGAGGCAGCAUGGCCGGGGGUGACCCAGCUUCCCGACUAUAAAGGAAACUUUCCCAGGUGGGCGAGAAGAGAGAUGAAGGAGAUCGUUCCAAACUUGGAUCGGGAUGGGCGAGACUUACUGGCGCAAUUGUUACUGUAUGACCCCGACAGGCGCAUUUCAGCUAAGGCAGCCCUCAACCACCAGUACUUCUUCUGGCAAAGCCCCCGUGACCCCAAAGACCAGCACAUGCUGCAGAAACACUGCAGCUGAAAGGACCCAGUGCCUCUGGCCGCCUGUAUUCAUGAUGCUGAGCUCUGUGCAUCAGUGCAUUUACCCUCUCCGGUGGCUGAGCAGGGAGGCUGGCUGGGGUUGAAAUGCCUCCAUAAUACAAAGGAACUUGGAGGGAAGUGUUAGUUCUCAUUUAGACAGAGUUGUUUGGAUGCUCUCAGCCCAUUGCUGGGGGUAUCUGUUAGGGCCGUUAGAGCCUUCUUGAGGUAGUUGUUACAUGUGAUAGGGACAGGCCUGAUGGCACCAUCCAUCAGCCUAUAAUACUGACUAGGGGACACUAAAUUCUCACACUGGAGGGCAACUUCAGAAUCCUUGGCUGGGAGUGUAGCGAAAG